CCCAGCACGUGCCAGAUACCAAACCGACGGUCGAGAUGAAAAAGCAUUAACGAAAUCCAACGACUACAAACCUAUCCGGACAAACUAUCACUUAUCGACUACCAACGGUUCAAACAUAUCCACGUGUCCAAAAGAUAAACGUUAUUAACCCAUGUGAUCCAACGGACCCUGCUCAUUACCUCCCAAAACUACAAACUCCUACCAUUCCCGUUCCCAAUUCCCCUUCGCCGGCGCCACCACCAUCACCACCGCCGACACCACUCUCCUCCCUCACACACCACCACAAAUCCUUCAGUACAACGUUCUUCAAUUUCACGCAGAAACUUAGUCAACUAAAUUGUAUCCUCUCUGAACACGCAACUGCCGAGACUAAUCCUUUGUUCUGGUAGACACUACUCAAGAGUAAAAUCACAUCAACACUUCAAUUCCAGGAUUCUGGUGAGUUUUUUCCGAAUACAGUUAUUAAAUUUUGCAGGAACCCGAGUCAACGCAAUCCGAGUUGAAUCCGUGACUCGCCGGCGGUGAACUUUGAUUCGAGUUUUACGUCAGAAAGUUCACGAUGGCGGACUCUGACAACGACUCCGGCGGACCACACGGCGGAGGAUCAAACGCUCACGGAAGCGAGAUGUCACCACGAGAACAAGACCGAUUUCUUCCAAUAGCAAACGUAAGCAGGAUCAUGAAAAAAGCACUACCAGCGAACGCGAAGAUCUCAAAAGACGCAAAGGAAACAGUUCAAGAGUGUGUUUCAGAGUUCAUCAGCUUCAUCACCGGCGAAGCCUCCGAUAAGUGUCAACGUGAGAAGCGGAAGACGAUCAACGGCGAUGAUUUGCUUUGGGCGAUGACGACGUUGGGAUUCGAGGAGUAUGUUGAGCCGUUGAAAGGUUAUCUUCAACGGUUUAGGGAGAUGGAAGGUGAGAAGACCGUGGGGGCGCGUGAUAAAGACGCGCCCCAAGGUUCUGGUAGUGUUACUAAUAGUUCUUAUGAGAGUGGUGGUUAUGGUGGUGGUGGUGGUGUUAUGAUGCAUCAGGGACACGUGUAUGGUUCUGGUGGUGGUGGGUUUCAUCAAGUUAUGGGUAAGGGUGGGCCCGGGUAUCCUGGGCCUGGGUCUAAUACUGGUAGGCCCAGAUAGAUAUUUCUUAAGGGGGAAGCUUCUUUUCCCACCCACCCGUGUUUUUUUUAAAACCGCUUUCAUCUCGAUUUAUCCAUUCGAACGGAAAACCAAUAUAUUGUUUUGGAUUUAGGACGCGAGAAAAAACAGCACGAGUAAAAGUACUCGGAAGAAGAACUUUUCCUAUGUGUGAAAAACUGUUUUUUUGUCGCUCGCAUAUGUAUUUUCAGACAAAUCAAGAGUUUUUGUGUUGUCUGGAUAUAUAUUUUUGAAAGCAUGAGUGGUUUUUAAAGAAAUGUGGGUGGAUAAAGUUACAUAUUUGAUUUAUGAGGAGGAAAUUUCCACACUCUCAAUUUCACUCAAGAUGUACACAUUCGGAAAAACGUGAAUUUUGUGUUAUUGGAAAGUAUACUUGAAAAAAUAUGUGAUUUUUUAGAAAUGUAGGGUAAAGAAAGUUACUCCUUUGAUUUAUGUGUAUGGUGUGACCAUGUUUAGUUAUUGAUAUAUUGUUAUUAGUUAAUAACGGUAGAGUUGGUUUGUGUAUUUGUGUUAUGAUACGAUUGGUGAUUGAUUGGCAUUAUGUAAAGUGAGGCACACUCCUAAGCCAAGCAAUCUGUAAUUUUAAUUGUAAUUGUAAUUUUGACUGUUGUAGUGUUGUACAAUAGAAAUAUUUUAUUGGUAUUGUAUCA